AUGUUCAAACUUGAGGAAUCGAAGAAGACUGUCCCUUUCGACUUCGGAAGAAUUUCUCCCAGAACUAAGAUUACGUCGUUAGCGCAAUUGCGCAAGGGCGAUCAUGUCAUGGAAGAAAGCCCGUUGGGUUACUGGCAUCACUUCAUCGUGGAUAAAGUAAAGCCAAAAUUUGCGUGGGUUAUACACAAGACUGGUGAUCAAGACACUGGUAUACGAUCUCUUCGAGAAAGUAACCCCACUACCAAAGGAGAAGUUUCAAGAACUAAAUUUGUUCUUGAGUCUAACCAAGUUGUGUACAGGAUAGAGUACCCUCCGACGGAUGAGGUCGAUGGGGUUGUGGUGUUCUCCUCGGAUGAGGUGGUGCGAAGGGCGAGGAAGCGCUUGGGAGAACGGCACUAUAAUGCUUUGACGAGCAACUGCGAACACUUUUGUCGAGAUUGCAAAGCAGGAAAACCUGAGAGCUAUCAAUCUUAUGAUGUAGUAUGGACUGUUAUAAGGCUUUUGUUUGUCUUUCUGCAGGGAAUACUAGGGGCAAUACUGUUCAUUGUUGCUUCUACAACAGGUUUGUUAGCUCAGACAUCACUGUUGCUGAUGGGUCAUGUAGUAGGUGUGAUAGUUGGACUCCUACAGGAUAUUCUGUGGAUAGCAUUUGUUGUUAUUACUGCUGAUCUUGCUAGAACCAAAGGUCAUGUGACACCUGUGGAUGCUGAAAAAAUUAAAGCUAAAAGAGUAACCCCAAUAGUGUCAGGAUUUGUGGGAGGGGUGGGAGGGGCUGCCCUUGGCUAUUAUCGCAUUCCCUUACCAGUGUUUGGUAGCAUUAUUGGAGCAGUUAUUGGAAACUUUCUCUGUCAAGCUUUAGGUCUUCUGGUUGGUAGAUGGGUUUCAACCUUGUUAAAGUAA